ACUUGAAUGAUCGAGACUUUUACAGAAUCUCAAUGCCGAAACUGAAAGUAGAAUCUUCUACCCAAUUAAAAGACGUGUUACAAACACUUGGUAUCAACAAUAUGUUUGAUUCGGUGAAAGCGGAUCUAAGUGGAAUGACUGGACGACCGGAUCUUUAUGUAGACGGGGCUUUCCAGAAGGCCGUGAUAGAAGUAACUGAAAAGGGCACUACUGCUGCGGCUGCUACUGGAUUUCAAAUUGUUUCCAAGUCUCUCUUUAUGUCUAAAUAUCUUAAUGUUAACCAUCCUUUUCUGUUUGUUUUGAGAGAUCAAACAGCCAAUGUUAAUGUUUUCAUGGGCAGAUUCAGUGAUCCGUCCAGCUAG